GUGCCCUGAGGGAAUUAAUGCCUCUAAUAAAUUGAAUUGCCUCAGUCUGUUGUUUGGAUGUAAGACGAAGACCGCACAGUGUCCUGAGAGUUUCACAGGAAUCGAGAAUCAAAUUGAAAAUCACCUUCAGGAGAAGUGGAUGGGCAGGCCGGUUGGCUGUAGCCCACUUCAAGCCCCCCCAUGUUCAGCAGGUUGAAAAGGUUGAUCAGGGCUCCUGAGCCCCCCCCUGCACUAGCUCCAACCCCACCACCGUCCCCAGCUCCAGCAGCAAAGGAAGAAAAGCCGCCUGAAAAGAAGGAUGAGAAAGAGGAGCCAAAAAAAGAGGAGGAAAAGAAAGAGGAAGAAAAGAAAGGGGAGGAGAAGAAGGAAGAAGAGCCCAAAAAAGAGGAGCCAAAACCUGCUCCAGCUCCUGCUCCAGCUCCUGCUCCAGCUGCUGCUCCUGCUCCUGCUGCUGCUCCAGCUCCUGGUCCUGCCAAUCCAGAGGGGGCUGAGGGUGAAGAGGCCCCUCCUCCUCCACCUGUUGUCUACUUCCGCUUCACCGAUGACGUUCUCAGAGAUAUGAUCAAGAGGUUGAGGGAGCGGAGAGAGUUGCUCAAACUGAAAGCCAUAGACCCUUAUGCCACUUCACCAGAAAUCACCCCUCCUGUCACACCUAUUCUGAAGAAGGAGGACUACAUCAGAUUGAACGAAGAGAGGCGAAUAGCAAAGGAGGAAGCGGAUAAAAAGAAGGCAGAAGAGGCAGCCAAAAAGGCCGAGGAGAAGAAGAAGAAGGAUGAGGAGAAACGGCUGGAGUCCGAGAAGAAGGCAGAGGAGGAGCGGCUGGCGAAGGAGGCCGAGAAGGCGGCCAAGAUCCUCCCAGAAAUCAACUUCUCCUUCCUCGACGCCUUCUUCAGUCCAAUCGAGAGCCGGAUGGACAACAUCCUGGGAAAUACCAUCGAUCCUUUCACAGAUCGUCGGUACAUUGCCUGGUUAGCUGUGGUAGCCGUGGCGAUCAACUACAACUUUUGGUUUUGCACCGCCCGGAUGGCUUUCCCGUACCACAAUGAAACCACCAACCGCUUCUGGAUACUGUUGGACAUCCUGAGUGACGUAGUGAAUGUGAUUGACAUCAUUAUAUGGCAGCCCCGACUUCAGUUCGUCAAAGCCGGGGACAUUAUUAAAGACAGAGCCUUGGCUAAAGUGCAUUAUCGGAAAUCAUACAGAUUUAAGGCGGAUAUCUUCAGCAUCCUCCCGUUUGACCUCCUCUGCCUAGAGUUUGGAUUCUCCUCAGUGUACCGAAUCAACCGCUUUGUCCGGCUUGAGUCCUUCUUUGAGUUCAGCGAUCGACUUGAGAGUGUCAUGGCCAAGGCCUACAUCUGGAGAGUGAUUCGCACCACAGGGUACCUGCUGUUCGCUCUCCAUAUCAACGCCUGCAUUUACUAUGUUGCUUCAGUACACCAGGGUCUCGGGACGACCACAUGGGUGUAUGAUGGAAAGGGCACCGCGUACAUUCGCUGCUACUACUACGCAGUGCGCAGCCUGAUCAACAUCGGGGGUCUUCCAGAGCCCAUUACCGUCUUCGAGAUUGUCUUUCAGAUGUCCAACUUCUUCAUUGGCGUGUUUGUGUUCUCCAGUUUGAUUGGACAGAUGAGAGACGUGAUAGGAGCAGCAACAGCAGGAGUGACAUAUUUCCGGGCCUCAAUGGACGGCUGCGUUGACUACAUGAACACCUACACGAUCCCCAAGAUGGUGCAGAACAGAGUCCGGACCUGGUACAACUACACAUGGGCAGCUCAGGGCAUGCUGGAUGAGUCCGAGCUGCUGGACAAGAUGCCUCUGGUGAUGAAAAUUGCAAUCGCUGUGGACAUCAACAUGUCUACCUUCCAGAAGAUCGCACUGUUCCAGGGCUGCGACCAGCAGAUGUUGGUGGACAUGCUGUUGAGGCUCAAGUCCAUCAUCUAUCUGCCCGGAGACUUUGUUGUGAAGAAAGGGGACAUCGGUAAAGAGAUGUACAUCAUCAAAAGUGGAGCGGUGCAGGUGGUGGGGGGCCCGGACAACAGCAUUGUGUUUGUCACACUGAAGGCUGGCUGUGUGUUUGGAGAAAUCAGUUUACUACAGUCUGCCAAAGAUGGAGGAAACAGGCGCACAGCUAACGUGAAGGCGCAUGGCUUCGCUAACCUUUUCGUCCUGGAGAAGAAAGACCUUUUUGAUAUCCUUGUCCAUUACCCAGAGUCUCAGAAAGUGUUGGCCAGGAAGGGCAGGGCCCUUACCAAAGCCAAAGGCCCUCCGGGCCCUAAACCUAAGGAGGAAAAGGUUAAAGGAGGCGCUCUGUUUGGACCGAAGCCACCGACACCCAAGCUAAUGAAACUGUUCGCCAAUUUACGCAAAGGGGCCGCAGAGAAGAAAAAAGAGUGAUGCUGCCAUCUCUACAACUUCAAAUCUAUCAUCACUUUGUGUAGUUCACUUUACACAGGCUACUGACAGGCUCAGAAAUGGGGCAGUCUACAAUUAUUCACCUUGCUAACCUUUACAGAGUUAAAAGUAUCCUGAUCAGCAGCCAAAUCUGUGAAAAUUGUACUGCAAAAAUGUGCAUUUGUAUAGCUUUUACUCACCCCGGCUAUCUGAGGCCCCCCAUGAAAGAGGGCCGUGAUUCUGCAGACUAUAUCCAAACGAGUACUCCCUUAGUAAGGAGCAUUAAACUGCACGAGCUUUGUGAGAGUCUGUAAACGGAUGUUGUAAUAUAGGUUUGCUAUUUUAAGUUUACCAUGUCAGCAUUUUAGUAAAAGACAUAAAGGUCAUUUUUAUCAGUUAACGAU